AUGAAAAUUGAAAGAAGAGUGAGUGACGUAACUGUCAAAAACUGCUUCACGAAAGCUGGGUUCAGUAUCUAUCCAGUUAACCAAGACUUUCAGAUCGAGCAAAAUGAGGUUGAACUUGACUAUGAGCUUGAAGUUGCACCUAGCAAUGAAGAAUGGGCCAAGCUCGUGUCCCACGAUACCACUGGUACCACUGGAUUGACGACGACGUGA